AUGAGACCCACGCAAAUCCUCAGCGUGGGCAAAUACCGCCACCUCAAGCUCACAACCAAGGACGUCGGCCGCGGCUUCUACAAGGGCAACCGAACGGGCUCCAUGGGUCGCCACACCAAAUACGGAGGAUAUUUGAUCGAAUGGAGCAAAGUGCGCACAUACGUCGUGCCCCAGAAUCUCAGCGAGUCCAAGCUCACUCCGUUUGUGAGCAGAGAAGUUCGUUCCGAGCCUGGUGAUUACAAGGGUUUGAGUAAGGGUCCUCAGGAUCCUUACUUUUACGUCGAGCAGUGGAAGCGAUAUAACGGAGUUGACUAA